CCCCUCAGGCGCCUGGCCCCGGGACUCCAUUUCCCAGCGCUCCCCGCUGCCCCCCUCCACCCCCGGCGCCGAGAAGAUGGCGGCGCCCGUGUCGCCCUUGGUUACUGCGCGCUGCCUGCUGCGGGCUCGGGCGCGGGCCGCCGCCCUGAGGAGAGCGUACACGAGUCAGGUGGCAGAAGAGAAGACAGUCUCUGGUACUCUUACAGACGCUAACGCUAGAGCCUUGUUGGUUUGCAGUGGACCUUUGGAACAUUACGACUUCCUGAUUAAAGAAGAAGAGCUGAGGAAUGAUGAGCAGCAAAGAAGAGUUGUGCAGCACCUGCAGAAGUUGCACGAGAGCCUUAAAGGCUACACCAUCAGUUCAAAAAAUCUUCUCUCAAAGCUCUUUGCACAAAACAAACCUCCAAAAGGUCUUUAUGUCUAUGGAGAUGUCGGUACAGGGAAGACAAUGGUGAUGGACAUGUUCUAUUCUCAUUUAGAAGUAGAAAGGAAAAAGAGAGUCCAUUUUCAUGGCUUCAUGCUAGAUGUGCACCAGAGAAUACAUCGCCUUAAGCAGAGCUUGCCAAAAAGAAAGCCAGGACUUAUGGCCAAAUCAUAUGACCCUAUUGCACCAGUAGCAGAGGAAAUAAGCGAAGAGGCUUCCCUCUUAUGUUUUGAUGAAUUUCAGGUCACUGACAUUGCUGAUGCCAUGAUUCUGAAGCAGCUUUUUGAAAACUUGUUCCAAAACGGGGUUGUCGUUGUGGCAACAUCUAACAGGCCACCAGAAGAUCUCUAUAAAAAUGGUCUUCAGAGAGCUAAUUUUGUGCCAUUCAUUGCUGUGCUGAAGAAAUACUGCAGCACAGUCCAGCUUGAUUCUGGAAUAGACUACAGGAAACGAGUGCUUCCUGCUGCUGGAAAACUUUACUACCUCACAAGUGAAGCUGAUGUGGAGGCUGUCAUGGAUAAGUUGUUUGAUGAGCUGGCUCAGAAACAAAAUGAUUUAACUAGACCAAGGAUUCUAAAAGUGCAAGGCAGAGAGCUGAGGCUGAAUAAAGCAUGUGGAACCAUUGCAGACUUCACGUUUGAAGAGCUGUGUGACAGACCUCUUGGGGCCAGUGACUAUUUGGAAAUAUCAAAGCAUUUUGACACAGUCUUUGUUCGUGAAAUUCCGCUUCUUACCAUGGCAAAGAGGACACAAGCUCGUCGUUUCAUCACUCUUAUUGAUACCUUCUACGAGCAUAAGGUGCGUAUUAUUUGUUCUGCAGUGACUCCUCUCCAAAGCUUGUUCCUGGUCGAACAUGACAAUGGUGAGCUGGAGGACAACAGAGUGUUGAUGGAUGAUUUGGACUUGAGCCAGGAUUCUGCCAAAGGACUCUCCAUGUUUACAGGAGAAGAGGAAAUCUUCGCAUUUCAGCGUACUGUCUCACGGCUUACAGAAAUGCAGACUGAGCAGUACUGGAAAGAAGGGGACAGAAGUAAAAAACAGUCGUAAUUAAAAGUUGUAAUUAGAAGUUAUAUAAAAACACCAAAAAGUAUGCAGAGAAGUACAACUACAGAAUUGGAAAGCUUUGUAGCACAACUGAAAUAACAAUUGCACUUUAUCAUCUGGACCAUGUUUCUUUGAUCAAGUGGUUUUCAUGUUUAGGACAUGAAGACUGAUUUAAUUUUCUGUGCCACCAGCAUGUGAACAUGUGAAAUUUUACCUUAAUUUUCUUUUCUGUAAGGCACAACUUUGAUGUUCAGGAAGUUUAACUGGAUUCGAUUUUUUUCUGGAGUAUCGCUGUAGAGAUAGAGUCUGGAUUAUUCAGGGUUCACAGUAGAUUGAUAGUGUUAUGUGAGGAGGGCACUUUGUGGUUCAUGCACUACGUCUGUCACAUACAAUGCAAUUUGCACAAGAAAGAUUGAAUGCUUGCUUUAUGAAUCUCCUGAUGUUCUGUAGUUCUCUCCUAGAAUCCUAGAACUACACUGUAGUGUAUUCUGUUUUCUUUAUUUUUUGCUUUUCCUCUGUGUAGCCAUCUGCUGACUUUCAGACUCUAACUCUCAGACUCUAAGAGUUUCAUGUAAUCAGCCUGUUGCUCAGUCUAGUUAAUUGAAAACUAACAGUUUGAUCCAAGAGACAAGACUGAGGAGGAGCUUGAAGGCACUUGAAACCUCAGAGGAUUAAACCCAAGUAAUCAUGUAUCAUAAAAGAAACUAUAAGACAGGGUAUACUGUAAAAUGUAACUGCAAGUAAAUACUUUUCUUGCAAGCUGUGUGUCUUGCAUUCACAUUACUGAUAUGUUUUUAUCCUGAAUUAUCUCAGGCUUCAUCUCUGUGGUACCUUGCACUGCUACUAGCACAUCAGCCCUGAUCUGGGGAUGGUGGUAUGCAGUGCCACUGAGGCAGAUUGUAAUCAUAUUACAAUACAAAUGUGUUCUAUAAAAAAGGUGAUGGGGCUGAUUCCCCAAAUCACAUCAUCCAUCUUCACGUUUGUUGGAAGCUUUUUUCAAGUUAAAACCACAAUUAAUUGUUGUGUCAUUCUUGGCUUUAAUCUGACUGAAACAAAAGACGGUACUGCUUGUAUCAGUUUAUACUAUAUUUUUAUAAAAAAAAAAAAAAAAGGCACAUUUUUAAAACCCCAAAUGUAGAAAAAUAUUACGCAGAUGAGCUGAAAAAGCUAAAAAAAAAAUUGUCUCAAUUUCUUAUGGAGGAGGUAUAUAACAAAUCAUCCACAAAUUUGAGGGUUUUUCUUGGAUAUUGCAGUGUGACUUUUUCUUGUCACCGUAUUUAUUAUUACCACUAAUAUUAGUUUCUGUCUUUAUAACCCUGAUUAAAUCGUCUGAAUCCUAACCCUCAUCACUGAUACAGAAGGUUUUUAAAAGGGACUUUUUGGUAGGGGAAGUGGGGACUGGAGAGGUCCUGUGUGCGUGGAUGUCUUACAGCAAUACAGAUGCUUUGGGAGUCGCGUGCUCAAGUCUGGUUUCCUGUUCUGACCACUUCUGUUUGCCCUGGAAGCUACUUGAACUGGCUACACCUGUUCUCCAAAUAACUUCUAGAAACUCUGCUUAUCAUUUACAAUUUGUGCAACCAUGUUAUUCGCACAAGAGUGACUACAAGUGAGAAUUUUAAUGUAUAUUUAUGGAAAAUCCAAUAAGAACAUAUUGCACUUAGAUCAAUUCUUCAGCAAUUCCUAAGUAUGUCUUCAGAGAUUUUAAGUUUUUCAGUGGAGAGACUAUUGAGAUCCAUGUGGGUGUGUCUGUGUGUAUAGAUGUAUACUUCAUUCAUACGUACAUGAACAUAGAUAAAGCUAAUAUAUAUAAUUUAAGUGUGUAUGGUUACAUAUUUAUAUACAUCAGUGUGUACUCAUCAGCCUGGCCUCAGCAAGGCUGUAACUGCCCUAAAGUGUCUGCUGAGUCUGGACUUUUUCUUCUAAUAGUAUUCAAGUGCCUCUGGCCUUGUCCAAACCAGAAUUUGUUGUGGGAAAAUGGGAGGUGGUGCUGCGUUCCCUAAAGCAUCCUGCAUCUAGAUAUUUAUCAGCAUUAUUUAAAGAAGCGUGCAUGUUUAGCUCGUAUGUCUUCCUCCAUCAUGUGGCAAAUAACUGCAGAAACACAGGUGAGGCAUCUGGGAGGCGUGAGAGAGGGGUUUGGCAGUCUUUGUGUUCCCACAGAGACUCAGGCCGUGGAAGUGAAGUGGUUUUGCAUGGUCUGUGUGGGUAACAACCAACCUCCUUUAACCAGGGUCUCCAGGAGCCCCCAGGCAGAUGUUUCUGUGCUCAACCCAGUGCAGCAAAUACCGAACAGUAUUGGAGGCGUUUUUGCGUUGUGUGUGCUGAUCCCAAAGUUGGAUACUCCAACGUUUUUGGAAGCACAGCUCCUAACACAGCAGGGCAGUGGAAUCACUGAAAGCCUCCUGGGAUGCAGGUGAACUCUGUCAAGCCGUGAGAGGGAAGUCAAGUCUGGGAUUUGCUGGUAGGUGCUGGCAGCAAUCAGGCAGAGGAAACGGGGAGUACUUCAGGAGCGUUUUGGGGCUGAAAGAGACCGAAAACAGGAAAAGCUGCUUAAAUCACUGUGCAGUACUUGUGGUUGCACCAGAGAGUGUGGAUUGCCGCUUUGAGGUCAGGACCAUAGGGGGAGAUUGACGGGACCAAUUUGUCAGGCAGCCCGGACCUGCCCGAGGUGCUCAGCGCUCCGGCAGUCCCAUCCCCUGCUGCCUGGCAGGCAGCAGCUGUCCUUCGCUCUCUGCUCCCACCUUAAGAUGUUUCACUUGCCAAAAUGUAACCAGUGAAAUGCCUGCGAAUGGAUUGCACGCACUCCUUAAUGGCCUUCAAAUUGCUGGAUUUAUGCUAUAUGCUUUCACCCAUCAGAUCUGGAAUGUUUUUAUCUACCCCUUAGUCAUUCAGCAAAUAUUAUUGCUGAGUUGUUGUUUAAAACAUCUUUUUGAGUAACCUCAGGGAUGUGGUAUGAAAUUUUGCUGUCACUGAAAGUAAAAUCCUUGUGCUUAUGGACCACGUGAAGGAUUUCACAUUGGUUUACGAAGGCCGUGUCCUGGCUGAGAAUCUCUUGGUAACUUGUUUCAAAUUUCCAAUUGACAAAGCUGUUCACAAUCCCCAACAACUUAAACUACAACCUCUAGGAGUGUAGUUACUCCAUCCCUACAGACUAUCUUGAAAGAUGUUAUUUGCAGUUCACGUUCUUGUGCUGUAGCUCUUAUUUAUUUAUUAAUAAAUAAGACACAACUGUGUCUGUCUAUCUAAACUAUUGUUUUUCAGUAUUUACCUUUGCACAAAUAGAGGGAACAAUUACCCCAAACAGGGUAUAAGGAGACAGUCUACUAAAGGUCUUCACAGGAACUGAAGAUGCACUUCUUGCUCUUGUCAUUAUUUUGAUCUAAAAGGGAAAAACAUUAAUGGGUUUUUGUGAGUAAAUGUGAUCACAACGACACUACAGCUGGGUAGAUGUCACCAGUUCUGCAGCAAUAUAAAAAUGAACAAAAUGACCAGGUUUCAAGCAGUGCUUAGCGUGGUCACCAGGCACCUAACAAGGAGAGAGAACAGUCUCUCCGUCAAGACCUGUCUGAGAGGAUCAAGAUUUAGGGAUUUCUUUCUGCAGUUGUCUGGAUCUUUGUUACCCCUGCACCUCCGUUUCCUCGUUGAUAAAAUGGGAAUUGUGUUAUUUUCUUAUUCGCUAGCCCUGGAGUGCUGCCAGGCUUGCUUAACUCAUUAAUAUUCUAAGAUGUUUUCUGAGGCUCUGGGAUGAAAAUACUUCAGUAAAGUAUGUAAAUAGUGCAAAAAAUAAUUUAGCUACUCCAAGUGGAUUAGUUUCCUUGUUUGGGCUACAGAAUUAAUACCUUCAACUAAACACCAUGUGCCUCUUUACAGAGUAAUUUUUUUGGGUACAACACGUCUGUUUUAAAGAAAAAGAAUAUCUGAGGUAUGUGAUUAAAACCCCAACCAGUUCAUGUAGUUUUUCUUCUACCUGUAAUGACAGAUUUCCUUUAUGAUUUAUUACAACCUGAGCUCCCGUACCUGUGAACUGCAGUGGCUUUGUAAAUUUUGUUGAGGUUUUAAUUUGAAUGUAUACUGAGAAUUUUUUAAACACAGAAUUGAGUCUAAUAUAUAACAAACCGAACCCUGUUAAAUCUGUCUUAAUUGAAAAUAUUUUGUUGUAACAAAGAAAAAAAUAAAUCCAGAUUUUAUAAGCAUUUAA